GUCUGUCACUUCUGUCGGUUCCUCCGGAUCAGAGCAGCAGGUCCCACGAUGAAGGUCGCCAUCCUCCUCGCCGUCGUCGCUGUCGCCCGCGCCGGGCUCGUUGGCCACGGCCACGGCCACGCUGCCGUGGCCGUCGCCGCCGUCCCCGAGGCUGGACACUCCUCUCAGCACCGCGUUCAGGACCUCCACGGAAACUACAAGUUCGGCUACAAGGAGGCCCACACCAGUGGCAGCUCUUUCCGUCAGGAGUCCGGUGACGCCUGGGGCAACAAGGUCGGCGCCUACGGACUGACCGACGCCGACGGCCGCGUCCGUGUCGUCAAGUACGUCGCUGACGGCCACGGCUUCCGCGCCCACAUCUCCACCAACGAGCCCGGCACCGCCGCCUCGCACCCUGCCGCCGCUGCCUACAACGCUCACCACGCCGUGCCCGCCGUCGGCGUUGCCGCUGCCAAGGUUGUCGCCGCUCCCGUCGCCAAGGUGGCCGUCGCUGCCCCCGUCGCCGUUGCCGCCGCCCCCGUGGCUAAGGUUGCCGUUGCCCCAGUGGCCUUUGCCGCUCCCGCCUAUGGAUUCGGCUACGGACACGGCUAUGGACACGGCUACGGUCUUGGACACGGUCUCGGAUACGGUCUCGGACAUGGUUUUGGCUUCGGCCAUGGUCUCGCCUACGGCGGAUUCGGCCACGGAUACGGCCACGGAUACGGCCACGGCCUCGGCUACGGUCUUGGCUUCGGCUACGGCAAGCACUACUAAUUUAUUUUUGACAGGGAAAUGAUAAGAACUACCUUGGUUUUCCGAUGUCCUCGUGUGCCAUCUCUGCUCUGUGAACUCGUGUACAGCGUCUGUCUUGUCAGUGUGAAAAAAGAAAAGUUGAAAUAAAGAUAGGAGUUGCCGAAAGUUUUA